AUGCUGUCCACCACCCCCACCGCCGCCGACAUCGAGCCCCUCCUCGAAUCCAACAGCACCACUAGUACUACCACCCCGCGCCGCCUAACCGCCCGCAAAACGCUCUACACCCUCGGCGCACUCAGCCUGCUGCCGCUGCUGCUCUUCCUCUACUCGAGCUUCUCGCCGCUGGUCCCCGCGUUCCGCGAGGCGAUACUACCAACGCCAACGCCAACGCCAACGCUGCUGGGUAUUGAUGCAGACGAGGUUCCGCCAGCUGCACCGACGGCACCGACGGUGGGCGCGAUGGGGAGAGACCCCGACGACUAUGUGCUCGACCCGGAGUGGGACGUGAAUGCGCCGCCGACGACGAGGUACUAUAACUUGACGCUGACGGAGGCGGUUGGGAGUCCGGAUGGCGUCCUCCGCACCCUCCUCCUCCUCAACUCCCAAUUCCCCGGCCCCCUCAUCCGCGCAAACACCAACGACACACUCCACAUCACGCUGCACAACCACUCCCCCAACAGCACCUCGCUACACUGGCACGGCCAGCACCAGCGCGGCACUCCCUGGAUGGACGGCACGGUGGGGAUCACCUCCUGCCCCAUCCCGCCCGGAUCCUCGUUCACCUACGUCUUCACCGUCACCCAGACAUCAGGCACAUACUGGUACCACGCACACUUCUCCACCACGCGCAUCGACGGCGUGUUUGGCCCGCUCAUCAUCCACGCCCCCGACGAGCAGAGGGUCAGCAGCGACCGUGUCCUCAUGGUGCAGGACUAUUAUCAUGAUGUGUCGGCGGCAAUGCUGAAGGGGUAUUUGGCGCCCGAUAAUGAGAAUGCGGAGCCCGUGCCCGAUGGCGCGCUGAUUAAUGGGAGGGGCCGGGUGGACUGUGCGAGCGUGGCGCAGGGGAGGGUGUGUAAUGAGAGCUGGGGCGGCGGGAUGCAGUAUGUGGGCGUGGAGAUGGGAGGUGUGCAUAGGGUUAGGUUUGUGAAUGUGGGCGCGUUGGCGGAGUUUGAUAUCGAGAUUGAUGAUCACGAAAUGACGCUAAUCGAAGCCGACGGCACCCCCCUAACCCCCACGCCCCUCCACCGCCUCCGCAUCAACAUCGCCCAACGCUACACCGUCCUCCUGCGCGCCACCUCCCCCUCCACCUCCUCCCAACCAACCUUCUGGCUCCGCGCCCGCAUGCUCCCCCACUGCUUCGCCACAAUCCCACCAACCCUCGACCCCGAAGUCCGCGCGAUCCUCCACUACACACCCUCGCCGCCGCCCCUUGCGCCGCACAACCCCCACCUCCUACCAACCACAACCCCGCGCUCCGCGUCGCAGGAUUUGGAGUGUAAAGACCUCAACACAACCCUCCUCACCCCCUCGCCCGCCAUCCACCCGCCGCCCGCGGCGGAAACACUGAUCCGCCUCAGGAGCAACUUCGAGAUCGGCGCGUAUGCGCUGGCCCGCGGGUAUUUCAACGCCUCGUCGUGGCGGCCGGCGCAGACGCCGACACUCGUGUCCAUCGUCGACGGGCUGCGCAGUCACAACGCCUCGUUCGCGGCGAACGAAACGACCGACACGGGCGCGAUGGGUGCGUUCGACGUGGGGCGUCAACUCGUUGUUCGUGUGGCAGCGGGAACAGUGGUGGAUGUCCUAAUCGACAACUUUGACGACGGGAACCAUCCGUUCCAUCUGCACGGGCACCGGUUCUGGGUGCUGGGCCAGGGGAAGGGGUAUUACGACAUGGGCGGGUAUGGCAGUGGGGAGGGGCUGGAGGUGAGGAACCCGUUGGUGAGGGAUACGGUGACGGUGGAGGCGUAUGGGUGGGUGCUUGUGAGGGUGCGGAUGGAUAAUGUGGGUGUGUGGGCGAUGCAUUGCCAUAUUGUGUGGCAUGCGGAGGCGGGGAUGGUUAUGCAGUUUUAUGUGGCGGGCGGGGAGGUGGAGGGGUGGAGGUGCCUGAGGCGGUGA